GCAGGGCUGGGGGUUCAUUGCUGUACAGGGACCACUCCUCUGUUAGCUCAGCUCCUGUGCCACAGCAGGUCAGAAACACCCACCAAUCCACGCUUUCCCCUCAUGCUUUUCCUGCCUGUAUCUGUUACCCCGGUGCUGCAUACCGAGAGUUGUAACCCUUUGCAGACCGAGCCCGUUUUUACUGUUAUGCAGAUCCCGGCACAAAGCCCGCUCCCGGUGCUGUUGCUAAGCUGCCAGAACGAUGCAGUAACGCUUUGUUUUGUUUUCCGGCAGAACACGUCGGUUCGCCCAGAUCUUCACCUGCACUAUGUGCAGGCCUGUCAAAAAUCGGGCCAGCCUGAAAACCCCUUCGUUGCUCAUGUGCUUCAAGAAGCUGACAAAAAUGAUGAAAUUAGAUGUACGAAAGGGAUCACAUUAAAAAUAGCCGGAAAUAAUCACCCAGUGCCUGUGCAGAGAGUUACAGAUGAUGAUCUUGGAGUUCUUGCCUCUGUCUUACGCCACGCUGCAUUUGUCAAAGGUUUGGAUCUUGCUUAUAAUGUAUUGACUGAUGCUGGAGCAAAGACCGUGGCAACAUUCCUCCAGGAGAACUCCUCUCUGCAGUACCUGAACCUCAUGUUUAAUGACGUUGGCACAAGUGGGGCAGAGCUGAUAGCGGGAGCACUUCAUAGGAAUAGAAGUCUUGUGCACAUGAGAAUGACUGGAAACAAAAUAGGAAACCAAGGUGGGAUGUUCUUUGCUUCAAUGCUGCAAAGUAACUCAACCUUGCAGAAGUUGGAUCUUGGAGACUGUGAUCUGGGCCUGAAGUGUCUGAUAGCAAUAGCCACAGCCCUGACUCAGAACAAAUCCCUCAGAGCAAUAAACCUAAAUCGUCCCUUGCUGUACAGCCAAGAGGAAGAGACCACAGUGCAUAUAGCUAAGAUGUUGAAGGGCAACUCUUCUCUCGUGGAGCUGCACUUGAGCAAGCAUGAAAUGAAAAACUUUGGUGUAGAGCGACUGUGUGAGGCCCUGUAUGAAAACUCCAGCCUGAGAUACCUUGACCUCAGCUGUAAUAAAAUAACCUCCGAUGGUGUAAAAUUUUUGGGAGAGCUGCUAAAACGGAACCAAAGCCUGGUAAUCCUGGAUCUGAAUGCAAACAGAAUAGAAGAUGCUGGAGCCACGUACCUGAGUGAAGCCUUGACUGUGAACAACAGGACUCUGCAGGCGUUGUCAGUAGUAAGCUGCAGUAUAAGUGGCAAAGGACUUACAGCUCUUUCAAAUGCAAUCAAAGCAAACAUGAUACUUUCCUAUAUAUACAUCUGGGGGAACACAUUUGAUGAAGAUGCUUGUAUGAAGUGACUCCAUUUAUGCUCCUAAAUAGAAAAAGUCACCAAACAGAGUCAUGGAUUAUCCUGCUCUCUUAUCUAUGAGAUCCAAGCAUGAGGAGAAAAAGGUAAGGAAGUUAUUUUACCAAUAACAGCUGAGAAGCAGCAACGCAACUUCUGCUGUUCUGACUCUGUAUUAUCACAGUGGGAGAUGUACUGACACCCCUUCCCCAGCUGAAAUGACCAAGGCAGUUGUGAGAGCUGUUGUGUAUGUGUGUGUGGAGGUUUUCUGCCGCUUGAUUGCUAUUUUUUCCUCAUUGUCCCUUGCCUCCACCCCCAAACACAAAUGAAUCAGGCUCUGUUGCUCCAAAAAGCACCUGAUAUCACAAGAGGCCUUAGAGGUAAGCCCAGAGCAGGUAUGUUUGUCCUGCACACCUGCACAGGGCCCUCCUGACCUGCAGCCACUGUGUUGAGCACAAAGUCCAUGUGACACACACUGUGAGCACCCUGUUUUAGAGGGGAGCUUAUAUUUUAACUAUUGUUAAACAGGAAGGACGGAGCAAUGAGAACAAAAGUUGAGGAUACCCUGGACGUGGUUGUUUGAGAAGAAUCUGCAGGCUGUGAUAAUUUCUAAGUUUUUAAACAAUUAGAUAAGCCUGUAUUGGUAUUUUCCCAGUGUUGCUGCUCUGGGACAUAGCAGGCUACACUCUGAUAGUCUACAGAGAGGCCUCUCAGUACUGAGAUACUGGUGACAGAAUUUCUUGUCAGAAACACCACUAAAAGACUCAGAUUAAGGUAUUUUUUCCAUAUAUCUUUCUUUCCUUUGUCUGGUAUAUGAAGUUCAGACUAAUUUCAAAUUAAUCUUUAAUUUACUUGUAUGAAUGACAUUCAUUAAUCUGCCAUGGUAAUGGGGAACCAACUCUUCCAAGAGCAGUAUUUUAUUUUUAGUGAUGUGGUUAAAAUGGCAACAAUAUCAUACAAAAAGUGUGUCAGGAUAAAUGGCAUCUACUUUCAAAAGUGCUGGUGUAUGUGUUUGAAAUAUUUGCACUCUAUCUGACCCCUUGUUUAACAGCAACAUGCUCAGCCUAGAAGAGCACUCUGCAUUAUUGACAAUACCCAUAAAACCAGCUCAUGUGUUACAGUUUACUUUUAUAUUCUCUUGUAAGUAAAGGUUGCAGAGUAAUUCCUGAAUUCUGUAUAAACAGCUUCCUAAAAACUAAAAUAAUUAUUUGUGCCUAACCCUGUAUUGCUUAAAGAGAACUAUGCCAGAGACUGCUAUUGCUUUUCUUUCUCUGAAAACCAAACCUUGACAUCUUGUAAGAAUUUAUCUUGUGUUCUUUGGAAUGAGAGAAUUUACACAGGCUAGAAUCUUUUGCCAUGUUUUAAGUUAUUUUAGUAGCUAAAGCAAGCAUAGUCCUGCUCUGAAAACCAUCCUUCCAGCUUUUAGAACUUGCUCUACUUUGCUGAAAGACAGAACCUUUGCCCCAGUUUCAAAGGGAAGGAAAAUGACUGAUCCAGCUGGGCAGUGGUACAGCACAGGUCCUCUAAAGCCCACUCUGUGCUCCAAGGGCCCCCAUGGUCCUUGUUCCAGGGUGCUGUGAGGGGGGUGAUGUCUGACUGUUUCCCUCUUGCUUUUGGUGCAGUCAUAAACAGGAGACACAAGGUGAGGGAAAAUUACAAAACAAGUUUAUUAAAGUCUAACAUAAAACACUUCAGGCUAAAUAUGUACAACCCCCUCCCUUCCCAGGGGAUUAUAAAAUUGAGAGUUGAGGUAUAUACAAAUAACAGAGGAAAAAUUGUAUAUACAUGACAUACUUUAAAAAUAAUUUAACCAAAAAAAUCAGUUAUUAGUCCUUAUCUGAACUUAAUUCUGCAAGGCUUAUUGAGCCUCUCCGGGAUCACAGCCCUGAAAUCCUUCAUGUGGGACUUGUCUGUACUUGAAAAUUGCUCUUUAACAAAUGAUAUCAGAAAGGUUGUCAUGCUUUGUGCCCACUUACGGGCACAAAUUUGGAAGUAAAUGUCAUACAAGGAGCUAUUCUCACCUAAAUAUUUCCAAGCAGCCAAUUCAGAGAUUUCUAGAUGCAGAGAAGCUAUUCAGGCAAAACUUGCACCAACUUCAGUGCAAAACUGACUGAAACAACAGCUUGUGUCAUUGUCUCUAAAUGACUGUUAACAGAAUUAUUAAAAUUCCUUCUUUCCUUUUGCAAGGAGACGUCUGCCUACGAAGAUUCCAUGCUUUCCCAUAUCAAUCCCUUACAGAAAUGACCAAUACUGUUAUGAGCCUUGUACCUCCCAAAUGAACCCAGAAUCCCUAAGCCUAGGACUUCAGAUGUGCAGCUGAUUUCCAUGCAUCUAUUGGCAAAAGGUACAGUCCAGACCUACAGCCUGAACACACCUACAAAUAUAUUUAUAUAUAUAUAUAUACUUAAAAUCUAUAUUCUAGUAAAUGAAUACAGUUUGUAGAGAUCAUACCUCAGCAGCUGAGAUAUCUUCAUGAAAAAUGAGGCUAAAAAAUCAAGAUUCUCAGAUGGGGACUCAAGAGUGCAGGUCACUAAAUUAUUGCUCCAAGACAAAACUACAAGCCUGUGUAUUCUAUUAAGAAAGGUUAAAAUUGUUGUCUUGUAAAAAAUAAUGAUUAUCUUCUUGUCUAUAAAGAAAACUAAAUGACUAAUAAAGCAAGUGUUACUGUUAUAAGUAUCUAAACAAAUCCUGUAUAAAUCUAAGCACUGUAUUUUUUAAAAAAGUCUGAAAUCUAAGAAUACAGUAACAAGCUAUAAUUUUAGAAAUAUAAAACCAGUCCAAACGAACAUUGUUAUGGAAUGCAUUUUCUAUGUAGGAAUGUAAUUAUUUUUUAGGUUUCUUUCCAGAGCUAGUUCUCUCUCAUGGUCAUUUAUCCUGGACAUGUUUACCUUCAGCUACUUUUCCUCAGGGAACAGCAGCAUAUCAUUAGUUUGUCUUCCAAACCUGUUUACAUAUGGAAGUUAUCAGUUGCAGGGUGUUUCUUUCUCAGUAUUCAUGACUAAGCCUACAUCUGUCCCAAGAUUUCUGCUCUAUUUUCAGAGAGAGAAAGUAAAGAGGAAGCUUAGGACAAGCUACACACAGAAAAGAUCCCGAUCUUUGGGGUUCUUCAGUCUUAAAUGGCAAGGCUAAGGAAUCCCUCAGGGGCUACAGCAACAACAGGAGCUAAAAGAGAAAAGAGGGGAGGAAAAGGGGAAAUGCCAAAGAAACAAGAAAAAAAAUACCAGAGAACUUCAUCCUUUGUCUUCUGCUAGUGUUAUGAACAUCAGCUGUUCAUAAAUGUUGUGGGACAGAGAGAUAAAGAAAUUAAAGGUCAGGCAGGUCCAGCAAUAAUCAGCUCCAGGGGACAGAAUGAGAAAUUCCUGAAUUAAGGAUGUUCCCAUUGAACAUGGCUGUACUCCUGCUGUCCGUGGCAGACUUUAUCAGCAAAUUUACCAUAUAUUAAAGCAUAAAAUAUGAUCAAGCAGCAGGUUUAAAACGUGGCAUAUACUAAGAUGAUCAACACAAAGAAGCAGAAGGUCUAUUACUUUACAAGUAUAAACAUAUAGGAAGAGAAAAAUAAAUCUAUAGUCAUGGUCAGGAGUCAGGGGAUCACUCACAGAAUAUUUAAAUGAAACCCUACAAGAAAUUUUUCAUGAGUCUGUUCAAUUAAGGUGCAGAUUAAUUAUUACUCCGUGUAGAACAGGAUCAGUUAAGAGGUAUCUCCUAUGCUCUUCUAUUUAUCAGUGUCUGGACACAAGGCAUCAGUGGAAAUAAAUGCUAGCACCAAGUAAAUAACCAACAAAGUACAGCUUUAAAUGCAUUGUUGGUACAGUAUGAUCACUGUUUCAUUACUAUUUGAUGAUUACUUAAAUAAUGCUUACAUUGCUAAUGGCACAAACUGGCAAAAUAGAGUAGGAGAGUACUCCUAUGGUCACCUAGUCUUUUAUGACCCUACCAAGACACUAAAAACGUUGCUUUUUAAAUAUAUCUGUUGCUAGGAAUAAAACAUAUCUUUAUAUGGGCCUUGCUAGGUACCAGUUUUGUGCAUUUACUGUGGACAAGUGACAUGAGAGUUAAAGCAAUACACAAAAACUUCAAUUAAAUUAGUCACACUAACAAAAUCUUCCCUGGAAGAAUAUCCAUCUGCUCUGCUGUAUUAGUCUUUAAUACCCCCUCAUGUAGUGUUCACUUACUAUUUUCACAGUGAAGGGCAGGAUUUAUUUCCUCUUCUGGACCUCCUGUCUAGCACAAGAAGCAGCACUACAGUAAAAAAAGGAUUAUGAAGCUCUCGUUGACACCUCACAAAUGAAGUCACUGCAUCUUUUUGUCUCAUCUACAACAUGCAUGUUCCAGCUCUCCUUUUGUUGCUGUUUGUGCCAAACCCGGGGCAGUUUAGGGAUGUGAACAAUAAAUGUGGGACAAGAUAUGACAAUGCUGGAUUGACUUAAACAAACGAACAAAGGCAACUCGUUGGAAAGAAAACCCAGUAGUUACUAUGCCAUUAGGACCCUCUGACUUGCCACACUACAGAAAGAAAUUAACCUUCCUUUACUCAUCUUGUCAGGAAAAUACACCCAAACCUUUUUUUCCCUCUGGUCAGGCUUCACCUGCAGAUGGCACUUCUGGCAGCCAGCAGCAAAUCUUUGCAAGCACCUCAGCAGAGCCCUGACCAACCUUCCCCAUGGACCAUUCCAGCACCUUGGAGUGCAGGCUUAUGAAUAUAGCCAAAGUAUGACCUUCCCUUGCAUCUCUGGGUUAAUAUUCUUAAACUAUUAAAUAUGGCUUAAAAUAUCUGUUCUCAAGUGACACUGUGACACAUCAAAUCAGCAGAAACAUGGGAGGAGAUCUCCAAGACACAUUAACAUACGUAACAGAGAAUUCUUAAGGCAGGUGUUGCUGGAAAGGAAUCGUCUCCUGGAAAUCAGUGUUAAUUGCAAAUAGAAAUCUGAUUGUAGAUUAGCACAAUUCAGCACUGCACGAUGGAAAUGCCUUACAGGUGUCUUUACACAAAGGGAAAACAAAGAACAAGUCCAAUUCAAAGAGCGUGACUGCUUGUUUGAUCAUGUGCAUCUUACCAAAUGUUUGCAGGUUCACUACCAAACUACUGCUCUGUCAGUACAACUGCUGCAAGAAAAUGAACUGAGGUUCUGAGUAUCCAGUCACAGCAGAUCUCAGCAAUGUUUCUGAUGAAGGGGACUGGCUCCCCGUCACGGGAAGCAGCAUCUGGUGGUCUUCAGUCCCAAUGGGAAGAGGAAGUGCUAAAGACAUCUCAGAGGGCUUCACAUCUAUGGACUCCGACAAAGGACUUUUCUGACUCUGAAUGGAUUCUUGUUCAUUGAAAGAAUUAUCGAGUGCAUUACAAUCGGGGGGAGUUUCGGGUCCUGAGAAAAAGACAAAAAAAAAAAAGGGAUGUUUAAAAGUUCCUGUGCAAAUUCCUUCUCAACUGACUGUCAAAGCCAACACUUGGUGUGUUGCAGGCUGCCUGGACAGCUGGGAUACCAGUGGCUUCCAUGUGCUGGAAAGCCAAAGCAAGCUGUAAAUACAGUGUAAGCACAAGGAAUCACAUCUGCUGCUGCUUGUAGUGUGACAACUAGAAGGAUGAUGCAUUCCAACCUGAUCUCUACUUGGCAUGGUACAGGAGAUAACAAAUCCUUAACAUCACAGUGAACAAAGGACCUUUAAAAAAUGUAGUUAUAAAAGUUUCCUUGAGAUUUCCCACCCCAGAAAAUCUCGGAACCAGAGCCACAGCCAAGCAUCCUUCUCUAACUAAGGUAGCAAUGUACAAUGUAUCAUUUAUCCAUAAACGUCUUUGGAAGAAGAUAUUUGUUAACUCCAUUCCAGCCAGACACAUUAUAGAUUUUAUCCAGUCACUUGAGAAAUGACUUUCUAUUCCUAAUUGAAAUCUCUGUUAAUGAGCUCCUCGCUGCCUUCCUGUUUGAACACAGCCUGACACUGCUCUUGGACGGCUCUCAGAUUAAACCACACUGGAUAUCUGACCCUUCCUCUUUCAAAUCAUGCUCCAAAGCCUGUUAUUUCAGUGCUGGGGCACUUCUGUCUGCCUUCUGUCUCUCCAUGAGAGCUGGCCUGCCUUGGCAGCUCUCCCAGCUCACACCCUUGGGCUCUGCUGGGCCCUCUCCACACUUAAUGCUGCUCUCCCCUCACCCCAGGCUUCCUGCUGCACUGGGGCCUUCCUAAAUUCAAAUCUGUCUCUGCACAUGGCUCUUGCUUUCUCAUUCUCUCUCUCCCAAUCCAGAUGGGCACAGACACCUAUUAUUCCUCUUUCCAUAUGACAGAGGCAGGGAUUUAUGGCCAAUACACAAGGAUGGACAGACGAGGUGUACAGAGCCACUCCUGAACAAGGCUGGAUACCUGAACAUCUCUAAAGCAGAUGCUUUUGGCUCUAAAAGAGAGCUAUUAUCCAAAAAUCUUUUAUUUUCUAAUUUUAGGCCUGCAUGAGCAAAAAGAUUUAUUCAGCACUGGAGGCAAAAGAGCUGAUGUAGUUCCUUAACCUUUCUUUGCACAAAGAACUCACCUGCGUGAACUUUUGUUUUGUGCUUCUUUAGAUUUUUUAUAUCUGUGUAAGAAUUUCCGCACAUUUCACAGAUAAAUGGUCUUUCACCUGAAAAAUAUUGGUUUGGUAGUUAGAACAAUCUUGACAUUGAAAGAAAAUACAGUUAGAGAUGCAGGAUAAUGGAUUUCAAUGUUGUAUUUUAAAACACAACUUUGUAGCUCUUAGUUUGUCUGUGCAUCUGUAUUCAGAAUAAAAUUGUUUCCAGAAUAACAGUUUAAAAUAAAGCAAGAAGGCCUUAAAAAUUUAAAGUAAAGCCUUGAUCAUACAUCAACACCUACGCUGGUGCAAAGAUACUACUCUGAAAAAGGCAGUUAAAAAAAAUGAAUUACUUUUUUCUUUACAUUAUGUUAGCCCAGAGAUGCAUAAAUUAAGAAAAUCUGCUACUUUCAGGUACAGCCCAAUACAGUGCAUUUUAAAGGCAAAAGGGUAGAAUAUAAUUUAUAGUGCAGGAAGCAGCUUGUCCGAAAACUGACCUGUAUGGGACCGAAAAUGUUUAUUGAGCUCUCCAGAGGAAAUAAAACUCUUUUCACAAAUGCCACAGAUAUAUGGCUUCUCUCCUAAAGGAAACAAGGACUCUGUUAUUUCAAUACAUAAACCAGAAUACACACAGAGAACAAAUCAAACUGAAAUGGAGGUAAUGUCCAGUGGGAGAAAGAGCUCCCUAAACUGGAAUCAGAGGGAAAAAAAACAUGAGAAAGGAACUAGAUGACAACUCCAGAGGUAAAUUCUGUGUCAUUACCCAUCUCCAACCCUUCUGCAGGAUCCAGCCCUCCCUGGCCAGGCCUGUUUGUGCUCUGUCCCUUGCAGGUCCCUUCCAGCUCUGGGAUUCUGUCCCCCCUUACCUGUGUGUUUCCGGGAAUGGGUGAUGAGUGAGCUGGAGACAGCAAAGGCUUUCCCACAGCUGUCACACACGUAGGGCUUCUCCCCGGUGUGGCGCCGGACGUGGUAGGUGAGGGUGCUGGCCUGGGCAAAGCGCUGCCCGCACCGGUCACACACGUACGGCUUCUCCCCGCUGUGCUUCCUGAAAAACAACACCCCAGUCACCUCCAGGAGGGAAGGGAAGCAGCACCCACUGCUGAGGAACCUGCCUCAGUUAGUGCUUCAUCCCCAAAGCUCCUUCUGCUAAUGGUCUGGGAUACAGCAGAGAUGUAACAACUGAGUCUGGUUUGAGCCUGCAGUUCUCGCGGAGUGAAACUCAUGGCCUGUUCCAUCUGGGAUCAGCACAUCCGUGAUUUCCACGGCAGCUGAACUGAAAUACAGGCCCUGCAUGUGUAACAUGCACCAUGGGAACUCAGCAUGCUUUGCAUUUUAGUGAAAGACAAGAUGACGAUUCCCAACAAGGGAAUACCAUUCCUGCUUCUGCCAAAAAUGCUGAAAGCCACACACAGACAGCAGCGAGAACUGCUCUGUCACUUCCCACCAUGGAACUCUCUCUCCCUGGUGCUGCAAGCAGUUUAAAACAAACCCUGUGCCCCUGCCACAAGGAUACCAGUGCACAGGCUGCAACAUUCAUACAGCACAAAUCUCCUCCCUAAUGAGCAAGUACAUCCAUGGAAUUAUUCUGUUAGGCACUGUGAGAGAAGUCCCAUGAGAAAAGAGGGAGAAAUGCCAAAAUUAUGUGAAUGUGUAACUCUUGCUCACACUGGAGUAAAGGAUUCUAUUUGAACAGACUCAAGGACAAGCAUUUGCAGGAUCUCCCUCGUGCCCACCUGGCGUGAAUCUUCAGGUUGCUCGAGGUUGCGAACUGCAGGUUGCAGACGUCACAUUUGUAGGGUUUCUCCUCUCCAUGAUGCAUCCGGCUGUGGAACACCAGCUGGCACUUCUGAGCAAAGCCCUUGUCACACAGUUCACACUUGUAUGGCUUCUCCCCUGGUGAAAAGGAACACACUUGUGCUCUCUGUAUUUACCUAAGAAAGCUUUGCAAUCCAUGACCCGAGCAGAGCUCAGGUGUCUGUUCUAAUACUUCACAGCGGAUAACAAGACUAUUUUGUAACACAUUAUGUUUGUGGGGAAAAAAAAGGUAAUAAUGUUUUUAAUAGUGCCACUUUCUCUACAUUAUUUUAAGAAUGCUGCUACCAUGUUUUCAGACUUUUUGCUGGUUAUGUCUAUUCAUCACUCAAAAUAUUCAAGAUGAACUAGUAAAUCAUCUGUUUUUCUUGCCUGCCCAACUAACAAAUCUAUUUCAUAGAAAGUCUUCAAUGUACAGUCUAAUGCUCACUAAUUUCUUAUUAGUUGUCUGCUGCAGAAUGCUGCAGGUACUUCUCUGACUAGUCAUGUUCUCUUAGUGCUGAACAGUCUCCUGCAAGGGCUUGUGCAACUCUGCAGUCCCAGAUGACAGUAAAAAAUGCCUUUCUCUGCCAUUCUGUGGCAGGGCACAAUCAAACCACAAACUCAACAACUCACAAGCAUAUUGUGUACAUAAAAUCUUCAAAACUAAAAGUAUUAGACAUCUAAUGUGCCAUCUAGCAACCAACACCAUGGAAUUCCCUGCCCACUCAUGCAGAAAUUCCCAGGACAAUACCCUCAGAAGUACAAAGUACAGCUGACACUCCUACCAGCACCAUCCCUGAAUUCUGCUCACAAUCAGGCUCCAGUAACUUGUUGUUCAUCAUCUUUUUAAGUCAGACAUGUUGUUUUAAAAUACUUAAGUGUUUCUAACUGAUUUCUCUUUGAUGCUUGAUAUGACACAAACUCCUGGUAACGUUACUGAAUGCAACAUCACACAUUCCAGCUGUAUUUUUCCUAAAUAAAAUCCCAAAUGCUGUAGUAA